AAAAAACGCGCGCAAUUGUUAAUAACAUUAUUUUAUUUAUAUUUACAAAAUAUCACGAACAUGGCAGAGUCCGGCAAAGCCAAGGUUCUGCAAAACACAGGGAAGUUUGUAAGCGAAAACCGAACCGAAGGUGACGAUUUUUACAAUGAGGCUGGGUACCGACAAUCUCGGGAGAAUGACAAGAUCGACUCCAAAUAUGGCUUCGAUAGGGUCAAGGACAGUCAGGAGAGGACUGGCUACCUUAUCAAUAUGCAUUCGAAUGAAGUGCUGGAUGAGGACCGAAGACUCAUCGCUGCUCUGGAUUUGUUUUUUAUCCAAAUGGAUGGUUCUCGCUUCAAAUGCACGGUGACCUACCAACCAUACUUGCUGAUACGUCCAGAGGAUAACAUGCACCUGGAAGUGGCACGAUUUCUUGGGCGGAAGUACUCGGGUCAGAUCUCUAGCCUGGAACACAUCACCAAAGAGGAUUUGGAUCUGCCCAAUCAUUUGUCUGGCCUGCAGCAGCAGUACCUAAAACUGUCCUUUCUAAAUCAAACAGCCAUGACCAAGGUGAGACGGGAACUGAUGGCCGCGGUAAGGCGCAACCAGGAGCGGCAGAAAUCCAACACCUACUACAUGCAGAUGUUGGCAACAUCGCUGGCCCAAUCCUCGGCUGGUUCCGAGGACGCUUCGGUGGCCAAGAAGCAGCAGGACUACAUGGACUGUAUAGUGGAUAUACGGGAGCAUGAUGUACCCUACCAUGUGCGAGUCUCCAUAGAUCUUCGCAUUUUCUGCGGGCAGUGGUACAAUAUCCGUUGCCGGAGUGGCGUGGAGAUGCCGACCAUCACCAGUAGGCCAGACAUCCUGGAGAGACCUGAGCCUGUGGUCCUGGCCUUUGAUAUUGAAACAACAAAGUUGCCUCUGAAGUUCCCGGAUGCCCAGACGGAUCAGAUUAUGAUGAUUUCCUAUAUGAUUGACGGCCAGGGAUACUUGAUAACCAAUCGAGAGAUCAUCUCCUCGGAUGUAGACGACUUCGAGUACACCCCCAAGCCGGAAUUCGAGGGAAACUUUAUAGUCUACAACGAGGAGAACGAGAUGCACCUGCUCCAGAAGUUCUUUGAUCAUAUCAUGGAGGUGCGUCCUCACAUUGUUGUGACCUACAACGGAGACUUCUUCGACUGGCCUUUCGUGGAGACCAGAGCGGCUGUCUAUGACCUAGACAUGAAGCAGGAGAUUGGCUUCUCCAAGGUGAGGGAUGGCAACUACCUCAGUCGACCCUCCAUUCACAUGGAUUGCCUCUGCUGGGUAAAGAGAGAUUCCUAUUUGCCUGUCGGAUCGCAAGGCUUGAAGGCAGUGGCAAAGGCCAAACUGAGAUACGAUCCCGUGGAGCUCGAUCCUGAGGACAUGUGCCGCAUGGCCGUGGAACAGCCCCAAGUUUUGGCCAAUUACUCCGUCUCAGAUGCAGUGGCUACUUACUAUCUUUACAUGAAAUAUGUGCAUCCUUUUAUCUUCGCCCUGAACACGAUUAUCCCAAUGGAACCGGAUGAGAUUUUGAGGAAGGGCUCUGGUACUCUAUGCGAGACUCUUCUAAUGGUGGAGGCCUAUCACGCCCAUAUCGUCUACCCCAACAAGCACCAACAGGAACUGAACAAGCUGUCCAGCGAGGGGCAUGUCCUGGAUUCAGAAACCUAUGUGGGAGGUCACGUAGAGGCCCUGGAAUCUGGUGUAUUUCGUGCGGACAUUCCCUGCCGUUUCAGGCUGGAUCCUGCCAUGGUCAAGCAACUCCAGGAGCAUUUGGACGCCGUCCUGCGCCAUGCCAUCGAGGUGGAGGAGGGCAUUCCCAUGGAUAAAGUCCUUAAUCUGGAUGAGGUGCGCCAAGAGAUUCUGCAGGGCCUACAAGGCCUCCAUGACAUUCCCAAUCGUCUGGAGCAGCCGGUCAUCUAUCACUUGGAUGUGGGCGCCAUGUACCCAAACAUUAUCCUGACCAAUCGUCUGCAGCCUUCGGCCAUGGUGAGCGACCUGGAUUGCGCCGCCUGUGACUUCAAUAAGCCCGGAGUUCGCUGCAAACGCUCCAUGGACUGGCUGUGGCGCGGAGAGAUGCUGCCAGCUUCACGAAACGAGUUCCAGCGCAUUCAGCAGCAGCUGGAGACAGAGAAGUUUCCUCCUUUGUUCCCGGGUGGACCGCAGAGGGCUUUCCACGAGCUAUCCAAGGAGGAUCAGGCCGGGUAUGAGAAGAAACGUCUGACGGAUUACUGCCGCAAGGCCUACAAGAAAACCAAGCUUACCAAACUGGAGACCAGGACCUCGACUAUAUGCCAAAAGGAGAACAGCUUCUAUGUGGACACUGUCCGGGCUUUUCGAGACCGUCGUUACGAGUACAAAGGACUUACCAAGGUGGCCAAAGCUUCGGUAAAUGCAGCUGUGGCGUCGGGAGAUGCGGCUGAGAUCAAGGCGGCCAAAGGCCGGGAGGUCCUCUACGACUCCCUUCAGCUGGCCCACAAGUGCAUCCUGAACUCUUUCUACGGCUAUGUGAUGAGGAGGGGCGCCAGGUGGCAUUCCAUGCCCAUGGCAGGCAUUGUGUGUCUCACCGGCUCCAAUAUCAUCACCAAGGCCAGGGAGAUCAUCGAACGAGUGGGUCGUCCCCUGGAGCUGGACACUGACGGUAUUUGGUGCAUACUGCCAGGCUCCUUUCCCCAAGAGUUCACUAUCCACACCAGUCACGAGAAGAAGAAAAAGAUCAACAUAUCCUAUCCGAACGCCGUGCUGAACACCAUGGUGAAGGAUCACUUUACCAACGACCAGUACCACGAGUUGAGGAAGGACAAGGAGGGGGAUCUGCCCAAGUACGACAUAAGAGACGAGAACUCCAUUUUCUUUGAGGUGGAUGGUCCCUACCUGGCCAUGGUCCUGCCAGCCGCUAAGGAGGAGGGCAAGAAGCUGAAGAAACGCUAUGCCGUUUUCAAUUUUGACGGAUCCCUGGCGGAACUGAAGGGUUUCGAGGUAAAGCGUCGUGGUGAGUUGCAGUUGAUCAAGAACUUCCAGAGUUCCGUCUUCGAGGCUUUCCUGGCGGGCAGCACCCUGGAGGAGUGCUACGCCUCCGUAGCCAAGGUGGCCGACUACUGGCUGGACGUCCUCUACAGCCGGGGAUCCAAUCUGCCGGACUCGGAGCUGUUCGAGCUGAUUGCGGAGAACAAGAGCAUGUCGAAGAAACUGGAGGAGUAUGGUGCUCAGAAGAGCACAUCCAUUUCCACGGCCAAGCGAUUGGCAGAGUUCCUGGGCGAGCAGAUGGUCAAGGAUGCGGGUUUGGCGUGCAAGUACAUCAUCUCCAAGAAACCAGAGGGGGCUCCCGUUACGGAGAGGGCCAUUCCGUUGGCUAUUUUCCAGUCGGAGCCGAGCGUCCGCCGCCAUCAUCUUCGUCGCUGGCUUAAGGACUCGACGAUGGGCGAUGCGGAUAUACGGGAUGUCCUGGACUGGAACUACUACAUAGAGCGUUUGGGUGGCACCAUACAGAAGAUUAUUACCAUUCCAGCAGCUCUGCAGGGACUGGCCAAUCCAGUGCCUAGAGUGCAGCACCCGGAUUGGUUGCACAAGAAGAUGCUGGAGAAGAAUGACGUGCUGAAGCAGCGCAGGAUCAACGAGAUGUUCACUAGUAGGCCCAAACCGAAGCCAUUGGUUUCUUCUGAGGAUAAGCUGGCGGAUAUGGAGGAUCUGGCAGGCAGGGAUGGAUGUGAAGACGUUGCAGGACGCCCCGUAGUCACAAAACGGAAGAGGGCGCAAGUGGAUGACGGAGAGGAGGAUCAAGAAAAAUCACCCCAGGCAACCACUUGGCGGCAGGCUCUCGGUGCUCCCCCGCCAAUCGGAGAGACCAGGAAAACCAUCGUGGAGUGGGUGCGCUUCCAGAAGCGCAAGUGGCAGUGGCAGCAGGAGCAGCGCCAAAAGAGGCGUCAGGCCAAUAAACGCUCCCGCAGCGAUGAUUCAGCCCCAGUGGCCAGAGCAACUGGCUCGGCAGCUACUCUAGGCGGCUUCCUGCGACGGGCCCAACGUACCCUGCUGGACCAACCCUGGCAGAUCCUGCAGCUGGUGCCUAUCGACGAUCUCGGCCACUUCACCGUAUGGGCUUUGAUUGGAGAAGAGCUGCACAGAAUAAAGCUAACGGUUCCAAGGAUAUUCUACGUUAACCAGAGGAGUGCCGCUCCUCCGGAGGAGGGUCAGUUGUGGCGCAAGGUGAACCGAGUUCUGCCCCGCUCCCGACCCGUUUUCAAUCUCUACAGGUACAGUGUCCCGGAGCAGCUCUUCAGAGACAACUCGCUGGGCAUGUUGGCGGACUUGGCCACGCCGGAUAUCGAGGGCAUCUACGAGACCCAAAUGACCUUGGAGUUCCGUGCGCUGAUGGACAUGGGCUGUAUUUGCGGAGUGCAGCGCGAGGAGGCACGGCGCCUGGCCCAGCUAGCCACCAAGGAUCUGGAGAGCUUCACCAUCGAACAGCUGGAGCAGCGACCUCAAACGCAGGUUAAGUACCUGGCGAGUGCGAACCACAGGAUGCGGAAGAUCUAUCUGUACCAGCACAACACGCCGACGGCCAAGAAGGAGAUCUGGUCCCUGAUCCUGAUGCCCAGCAAGAAGGGUUACAUAUUCGCGUUGGACACAGUGCGAGCCAACCAAAUGCCCAACAUGCGGCAACUGUACGCGGCGGAGCGUCUGGCUUUGAUUAGAAACCUGACCACCGCAGAGCAAGACAAGAUUCCCGUAGAGGAUUACACUUUUGAGGUGCUCAUCGAGGUGGAUGUCAAGCAGAUCUACAGGCACAUCCAGCGCGCCCUCACCACCUACAAGCAGGAGCACCAGGGGCCAACGAUUCUGUGCCUGCAGACAGCCCUAGAGGCGCGCAAGCUCAGCCUGGCGAUGCCCAUCUUGCUGGAAUUCCCCCAGGCCCAGAUCCACAUCUCCGACGAUGCCAGCUUGCUGUCGGGUCUGGAUUGGCAGCGACAGGGUUCCCGGGCAGUGGUCCGGCACUUCCUCAACCUCAACAACGUGUUGGACCUGAUGCUCGAUCAGUGUCGCUACUUCCAUGUGCCCAUCGGGAACAUGCCACCGGAUACGGUGCUCUUUGGAGCAGACCUAUUCUUUGCGCGUCUGCUGCAGCGGCACAACUUUGUGCUGUGGUGGUCGGCCAGCACCAGGCCGGAUCUGGGAGGCCGGGAGGCGGAUGACAGCCGCCUGCUGGCCGAGUUCGAGGAGAGCAUCAGCGUGGUGCAGAACAAGGCGGGUUUCUACCCGGAUGUGUGCGUGGAACUGGCGCUGGACAGCCUGGCGGUGAGUGCUCUUUUGCAGUCUACCAGGAUACAAGAAAUGGAGGGAGCCUCCUCGGCGAUUACCUUCGAUGUGAUGCCGCAGGUAUCGCUGGAGGAAAUGAUCGGAACAGUACCCGCCGCCACGCUUCCCAGCUACGAUGAAACGGCUCUCUGCUCGGCGGCCUUCCGGGUGAUGCGUUCGAUGGUCAAUGGGUGGCUGCGUGAGGUCUCCAUCAACCGGAACAUCUUCUCCGACUUCCAGAUUGUCCACUUCUACCGGUGGGUGCGCUCCAGCAACGCCCUACUGUAUGAUCCUGCCCUCCGGCGAUCCCUCAACAAUCUGAUGAGAAAGAUGUUCCUCCGCAUCAUCGCCGAGUUCAAGAGACUGGGCGCCACGAUCGUGUAUGCAGACUUCAAUCGGAUCAUUCUGAGUUCCGGCAAGAAGUCUGUCUCCGAUGCCCUGGGCUACGUGGACUACAUCGUGCAGAGUUUGAGGAACAAGGAGAUGUUCCACUCCAUCCAGCUGAGCUUCGAGCAGUGCUGGAACUUUAUGCUCUGGAUGGACCAGGCGAAUUUCUCGGGUAUCCGUGGUAAACUGCCUAAGGGAAUUGAUGAGACUGUCUCCUCCAUUGUAUCCACCACGAUGCGACGAGAGCCAGAAGUAAAUGAGGUCGAGGAUGGGACCGAAGAUGAAGAUGAAGAUGCAGAGAACCGAGAUCCCGUGGAAAUCGUUGAGACCGAGGCAGAUCAAGAGGAGGAACUGUCUCUAGAGCUCAAUUGGACCAUCGGGGAGCAUUUGCCGGAUGAAAAUGAGUGCCGCGAGAAGUUCGAAUCUCUCCUGACCCUUUUCAUGCAGUCGCUGGCCGAAAAGAAAACUACUGAGCAAGCCAUUCGGGAUAUUUCUCACUCCGCCUUCGACUUUAUCCUUAAGCUGCAUAAGAACUAUGGAAAAGGAAAGCCCAGUCCCGGCCUGGAACUGAUCCGCACCUUGAUCAAGGUGCUCAGUGUGGACAAAACUCUGGCGGAGCAAAUCAACGAGCUGCGAAGGAACAUGCUGAGGCUGGUCGGGAUCGGCGAGUUCUCGGACAUGGCCGAAUGGACGGAUCCCUGCGACAGCCACGUCAUUAACGAGGUGAUCUGCAAGGCCUGCAACCAUUGCCGGGACUUGGACCUCUGCAAGGACAAGCACCGCGCCAUGAAGGAUGGAGUACCCGUUUGGCUUUGUGCCCAGUGCUAUGUGGCUUACGACAACGAGGAGAUAGAAAUGCGCAUGCUAGACGCCCUUCAGCGCAAGAUGAUGUCCUAUGUCCUGCAGGAUCUGCGCUGUGCCCGCUGCAGCGAAAUCAAGCGCGAAAAUCUGGCCGAGUUCUGCACCUGUGCGGGCAACUUUGUGCCUCUCAUCAGCGGCAAGGACAUUCAAACGCUGCUAAGCACCUUCAGCAAGGUGGCAGUGAACCACAAGAUGCAGUUGCUCCAGCAGACAGUCCAACAGGCACUGAACACGCCGCGUUAACUGAUUUUUGAUGU